AUGAGCGCUUUAUCAUUUGCCACCUCCCCAGCCCCAUCAUCACGUAUGAAAGAAAACCAACUAGCGGUGAACGUGAGACCAUUCGCUUCUUCUCUUGCCUUCAACUUGGACACAGAGACAGUGACACGCUUCCACAUGGAAGGCUCUGGGUUCAGACACAGUGUGGUCCAGUACGGCGGCUCUUGGGUGGUGGUCGGAGUGCCAAAGGAAAUAAGGGCCACUAACCAAAUAGGUGGCCUCUACAAAUGUGGCUAUCGCACGGGCAAGUGUGAGUCUAUUCACCUUCUGGUGCCCCCACAGGCUGUGAACAUGUCCCUGGGGCUGUCCCUUGCUGCUGCCACCAACACUUCCCGGCUGUUGGCCUGUGGUCCUACUGUGCACCACACAUGCAGAGGUUCUUCCUCGAGACUCAAAGGCCUUGUCCACAUCAGAGGACCAAGGAAGCUUUGUUCUCUGACACAGAGAGGACCCAUGAAGUCACAGCAACAUCCUUUCCUAGUGUGUCCAAGGCAAGACCAGAAUAUUGCGUUCUUGAUUGAUGGCUCCAGUAGCAUCUCAUCCGCAAAUUUUAAAACAAUGCUGAACUUUGUGAAAGCGGUGAUGAGCCAAUUCCAGUGACCCAGCACGCAGUUCUCCCUGAUGCAGUUCUCUAAUAAGUUCUGGAUACAUUUUACUUUCAACGACUUCAUCUCCACUUCAAGCCCUUUAAGCCUGUUGAGGUCUGUAAAGCAGCUGGGAGGGAGGGCGCACACAGCCACGGCUAUCAAGCACGCCGUAACACAACUGUUCACUUCCCAAAGCGGGGCUCGGGAAGAUGCCACCAGGGUACUCAUUGUCAUCACCGAUGGGAUGAAACUAGGUGAUUUCCUGGGUUAUGAUGACGUCAUCCCCAUGGCAGAAGCCGCAGGCAUCAUUCAUUAUGCAAUUGGGGUAGGAAAGGCUUUUUCCACUAAGGAUUCUAUACAAGAAUUAAAGGACAUUGUGUCGCUGCCUCCUUGUGAAUACAUUUUCAGCGUGGAGAACAUUGAUGCUUUGAAGGAUAUUCAGAGCCAGUUGCAGGAAAAGAUCUUUGCCAUUGAGGGUACAGAGACAGCAAGCAGCGGCUCUUUUGCAUUGGAGAUGUCCCAGGAGGGUUUCAGCGCUGUGCUUAUGCCUGAUGGACCAGUUCUAGGGGGUGUGGGAAACUUCAGCUGGUCUGGAGGUGCCUUCCUAUACCCCCCAAAUAUGAGGCCCACCUUCAUCAAUAUGUCUCAGGAGAGUGUGGACAUGAGGUAUGCUUACCUGGGUUACUCCACCACACUGGCCAUUUGGAAGGGGGUCCACAGCCUGGUCCUGGGGGCCCCUCGCCAUCAGCACACGGGGAAGGUCGUCAUCUUUACCCAGGAAUCCGGGCAAUGGAAGGCCCAGUCUGAAGUCAGAGGGACACAGAUUGGCUCCUACUUUGGGGCCUCCCUCUGUUCUGUGGACAUGGAUAGAGAUGGCAGCACUGACUUGGUCCUGAUUGGUGCCCGCCAUUACUAUGAGCAGACCCGAGGCAGGCAGGUAUCAGUGUGCCCCAUGCCCGAUGAGAGGAGCAGGUGGCAGUGUAAGGCCACUCUCCGUGGGGAGCAGGGCCAUCCUUGGGGCCGCUUUGGGGCGGCUCUGACAGUGCUAGGGGACAUGAAUGGGGACGGUCUGAUAGACAUGGCUAUUGGUGCCCCUGGAGAGGAGGAGAACAGAGGCGCCACCUACGUAUUUCACGGAGCCUCAAAACUGGACAUCGCUCUCUCGCCCAGCCAGAGGAUUUCAGGACCCCAGCUCUUUUCCGGCCUUCAGUAUUUUGGGCAAUCACUGAGUGGGGGUCAGGACCUCACCCAGGAUGGACUGGUGGACCUGGCUGUGGGGUCCAAAGGACACGUGCUGCUGCUCAGGACCAGACCGAUUCUAGGAAUGUCAUCGGCUAUACGCUUCACAUCUGCAGAGAUUGCCAGGUCUGUGUUUGAGUGUCGGGAGCAGGUGGCCUCUGUCCAGGCACUGGGCGAUGCCACUGUGUGCCUCUUUACCUAUGAAAGUCCCAAGACCCAACAAGGUGACCUCCAAAGCUCUGUCACCUUUGACCUGGCCCUAGACCCUGGUUGCAUGAGUCCCCAUGCCACCUUCAAGGAUACACAGACCCAGACUCUGACUCGAGUUAAAACCCUUGGUCUGAACAGGCACUGUGAGACUGCGAAGUCGCUUCUCCCAGUGGAGGACUCAGUGACGCCUAUCAUUUUCCGUCUCAACGUCUCUCUUGCGGGUCUGCCCAUCCCUUCCUUACAAAACCUGCAACCCGUGCUGGCUGUCAAUGAGCAAACGUACCUCACGGCCUCUCUUCCCUUUGAGAAGAACUGUGAAGCUGACCACAUCUGCCAGGAUGACCUCGGCAUCGUUUUUGGCUUCUCAGACUUGACGACCCUGGUGGUGGGAAGUGACCUGAAGAUGAAUGCAGACGUGACAGUGUCUAAUGAUGGAGAAGAUUCCUAUGGGACCACAGUCACUGUGUUCUACCCCGUGGGUCUGUCCUUUAGACUUGCAGAAGGCCAUGUAUUCCUUCGGGGGAAGGAAGAGGAUCAGCGGCAGUACACCCUGCACCUCACAUGUGACAGCACCCGAAACAGGAGUCAGAGCCUCUGGAGCACCAGUUGCAGCAGCAGCCAUGUCAUUUUCCUUGGAGGUGCACAGGUCAGCCUGGCUUCUGCCCACCCUGUCCUCUGUCCGGAUCCUGCCUCACAUUCCAACCCUUAUACCCCAUACUCCUCCGCUGUCCCCAGUGACAAUGGCAUACCCAAGACCAGAAAGACCACCUUCCAUUUGGAGCUCCCAGUAAAGCAUGCUGUGUACACCAUGGUCAGCAGGGCUCCGGGAGCUCUUGUCUUUGUCUUUGACAUUCUCAUAGCCUAA